UAGGCCUUGUAGGGAAAGAGGAAGGUGCUGCAGGUGCGGCUGCGAUGAGGAGACACGCCCGCAGAAACCUGAAGCUCCCGGAACAAAAGUUGUUUUCUCUGCUGUUCCGUCCAGUUUCUCUGGACACAUACACGCGACAUAUUUAGUCCAGACAGACAUUAGUGAACAUUUCGACCGGAGAAGAACCUUUUUUAAAAGAAAAAACACAUUUGUUCUUGGUGUAUUCGGUUUGUGUUGCUCGCAGGUUGAAUUAGGUUGAGAAUCACCUGUUGGCGACUAAAAGGUCUGCAGAUUCACCUCGGAACAGCCUGCUGGGCAGCUUCAACAACUAAUACAGUUCAGGUGUUUUUAUCUCGUUUUGGUUUUAAUUGUAGCAGUCCAGGUGUUGACCACUCAUGGACUACAUGGACAGUGGACCGAGAUACACCCCAAAGUCGGACAAAGACUGGGACACCUCUGUCCAGUUCCUGCCAGCGUCGGAUAACAAAAAGCUUGAGAAGAAGAAGGGUCCGGGGAAAGUCGGGGCCGUGAUCGGCGUGGUGAUCUUUGCUGCCGUUAUUGCACUUAUGACCGGACUGCUGGUCUGGCAUUUCCACUUUCGUAAAGAUGUGCGACUCAAGAAGAUGUACAUGGGCUCCAUGCGGAUCACCAACCAGGUGUUCGAAAACGCCUACGAGAACUCCAACAGCUCCGAGUUCAAGGCGCUGGCGAAGCAGGUGACCUCACAGCUUAAAGCCAUCUAUUCCAAAAGUCCACAGCUGGCCAAAACAUAUGUUGGUUCUACAGUUACAGAUUUCAGUGAAGGCAGUGUCAUCGCCUACUACGUGUCCGAGUUCAGUGUCCCCGCGGGCCAAGAGGCAUCUGUGGACAGCGCCAUGUCUUCGAUGGAGAAGCUGGUAGACAAAGAGCGGCGUACCGUGUCCAGACCUGGCAACUCUCUGGCCUUUGACGAUAUCACAAAUUCAGCACUUGAUCCCCGCCUGGUUCGAACAUCAUUCAGCAAAUUCUACAGGUUUGAAGAACACACAGUGACAAAUCAAAUCAGGCAGAUCCAGUCCCCUGGCUUCCCCAACAGUCCUUAUCCCGCUGACACCUUCAUCCAGUGGAAGUUGAGAGCAGACCCCAACCAUGUCAUCAAGCUCGACUUCGACACCAUGAAUCUGGAAGAGAACUGCAAGAAUGACUUUGUCAAAAUCUACGACUCCCUGGUGGCCAUCGAGAGCCGCGUUAUGGAAGAGAUGUGUGGCUACUACUCACCUAGUGAACCCUUGACCUUUCUCUCUUCCGGCAAUGUCAUGCUGUUGACGAUGGCCUCAAACGACAAGAAGAACUACCCAGGUUUUAGAGCAACGGUCUCACAAGUUCAAAGUGGAAGUAAAGGUACGACAUGCGGUAGCAAGCUGACGGGCGAAAAGGGCAACUUCUCUUCUCCCAACUUUCCAAAUUACUAUCCUCCUCGAACUUCAUGUCAGUGGUCGAUCCAGGUCCCUGCUGGUAAGGCGGUGAAGGUGACGUUCAGAAAGUUCUUCUUGAACGAGCCUGGUGGGGAAAACGGUAAGGACUGUCGCAAAGACUACGUGGAGCUCAAUGGAAAGAAACUGUGUGGAGAUAAACCUGACGGAACAGUGACAGAAACCAGCAGCACCAACAAAAUGGACGUGAUGUUUUCCUCUGACGACUCCUACGUGGACCUAGGUUUUGACGCAUGGUACGAGGCCAUCGAUGCCAAACACCCUUGUCCAAACCAGUUCCAGUGCAAAAACCAGCGCUGCAUUAAAACAGUCCUCAAGUGUGACGGCUGGAAUGACUGUGGAGACAUGAGCGAUGAAUUAAACUGCAAGUGCGAUGCAAAGGACAUCAGUUGUAAGAAUGGGCUGUGUAAGCCCAUGUUCUGGAAAUGUGAUAGUGUAGAUGACUGUGGAGACCGCACAGAUGAGCUGGACUGUGGUGGAUGCAAAUCUGGACAAUUUACAUGUAAGAAUAACAAAUGCAUUUCUGAGAAGAAUCACUGCGACGGCAGAGACGACUGCGGGGAUGAAUCAGAUGAGCUCAACUGUGGGAGAACCACUGAAUUGAAAUGCAGUGAUGUUACAUACAGAUGUAAAAACAACAAAUGCAUCAGUAAACCGAACCCAGAAUGUGACGGCACAGAUGACUGCGAAGAUAGAUCUGACGAGGAGAACUGCGACUGCGGGAGGAGCAUGUUCAAGACGUCGCGUAUCGUGGGCGGUCAGAAUACAAAACAAGGGGAGUUUCCCUGGCAGGUCAGCCUCCACGUCAAAGGUUCCGGUCACGUGUGCGGUGCGUCCAUCAUCAGUCCAGGCUGGCUGGUCACUGCUGCCCACUGUGUGCAAGAUAGCGGCAAGAUAAGAUACUCCCAGCCCGGCACUUGGGAAGCGUACCUCGGCCUUCACACCCAGAAUAAGAUUGGAAGUGCCGUGGUGAAGAAGAACCUGAAGCAGGUCAUACCCCACCCGAACUACAACUCAUACACCUAUGACAAUGACAUCGCCCUGAUGGAGCUGGACAGUCCCGUCACGUUCUCCGAUUACAUCAGGCCCAUCUGCAUGCCGGCUCCCUCACACGAUUUUCCUAUUGCUAGCACUGUGUGGAUCACUGGGUGGGGCGCCACUCGAGAAGGAGGAUUUGCUGCAAAAGUGCUCCAAAAGGCCGAUGUCCGAAUCAUCAACAGCAAAGUUUGCAACGAUUUGAUGGGAGGGGGGAUCACGUCUCGGAUGUUGUGUGCCGGAGUGCUGACCGGAGGAGUCGAUGCUUGUCAGGGGGACUCUGGCGGCCCUCUGUCCAGUCCGUCCGGCACUCGUAUGUUCCUGGCAGGAGUGGUCAGUUGGGGUGACGGCUGCGCCCGCAGGAACAAGCCUGGCAUCUACACAACAGUCACCAAAUUCCGUGGGUGGGUCAAAGAGAAGACGGGAGUGUAGACCACUGCAAAAUUGGUCAAACGAGGCCAUAUUGGCAUGAACAUGGACUGAUGACAAAGUACAACAGUACAGAUUUUUGCUUCACCACUCUGACUUUCCAGCUGAUGUAGUGGCCUUGACUCCCAGUAGCAGCUGCAGUGGAAAAUGCACUCUCUGCUUCAAGAGCAAUUGCAACAUGUUUUAUGUCCACUGUGAUUUUAUGAGGGUGGGGUUGAUGAAAUGUUUUUAAAUGUAAAUAAAGGUUUUAUUUUUGUGUUUUUUGCUGUUGUUGUUUUAGCGUGUUUUGAUGGAGAACUAUGUUAUGUGCUGCACAAGAAAUAGAUUUUAGACGUGAUUGUUACACAUGUACACAAAUGAAUUGUGCUUCCUUGUACUCUGUUGUCCUGUGUUUUAUCGGUAGAUAUCAUAUGAAUUUCCCACCAUUAUUCCUUGUUGUCUUUGUUCUGAAUUUUAUAAAUUAAAAACAAGAACAACAAGCUAA